AUGUCCAAGACCAUCGCCUUCUUUGGUGCUACUGGCGGCUGCGGCCUCUCAGCCCUCAAGCUCGCCGUAGCCAACAACCACACCUGUGUUGCCCUUUGCCGCAACCCAGACAAGCUCUCGACUCUCUUCCCUUCCAAGCCGGCCAAUCUCGUCGCCAUCAAGGGUAACGCCCAUGACGCAGAAGCUGUGGCGUCCUGCCUCAUAAACCCGGCUGAUCCAUCCCGUCUUGUCGAUAUUGUGUGCUUCACUAUCGGUAGUGUAUUCAGCUUUGCAAAGCUCACCACUGAGGACCCGAAUGUUUGCGAGAAGGCCAUGGACGCCCUCUUCAAAGCUCUUGACACCCUCCGCCAGCAAGGCAAGACCGGCAGGCCUCUCCUCGCCGUGAUCAGCACGACAGGAAUCUCCAAGUUCCAACGCGACGUACCCAUCGCAUUUCUUCCUCUGUACAAGGCACUGCACGUGCCUCACGAGGACAAGAGGGUCAUGGAGGAGCGACUGCAGGCCGGCUCCGAGCGGUGGGUGGCCGUGCGGCCGAGCCUGCUCGUCGACGGGGCCGUGCCGGACCGCAAGAUCCGCGUGGGCAUUGAGGAUCCCGUCAAGGGUGUCGAGGUUAAGGAGUUUGGAUAUACUAUCUCGAGGGAGGAUGUGGGACGGUGGAUGUAUGAGAACUUGAUUGUUGGGGAGACGGAAAAGUAUGAGGGCAAGGCGGUUGGAAUUACAUGGUAG